ACGGAGGAGCAACUGGAAAGAGCCAUUUUGCGCUCCUCGGCAGCCAUGCUUAUGGUAUCGUCUGCUUCCUGUUUCCUACUGAAGCCAUCUUUCCCCGCUGGUCAAAAACAGAAGCCAUCUUUCCCCUCAAUCUUCUUUUGUUCCACGCAAAGAACUUUCUUUUCUCAAAGGAAACAACUGACUCAUGGCUGCACAAAUCAGAUUUCCAAAGAUAACCCAGUGCAGGGUAGUGGCAUAUUAAAUGCCAACGAAACAUUGAGGCGGAGAUUCCUGCUUGCUGUUUUCGUCACAACUAGUUUUUUUCCAAGUUUAUCUUCUUACGGGAAGACAAAGAGUAAGAACCCGUUUGAUGAGAAACGCUUGCUAGAACAAAAUAAGCGGGUACAGAAAGAAAAUAAUGCACCUGACGACUUCCCAAAUUUUGUUAGAGAAGGUUUUGAAGUUAAAGUAGUAACAUCUGAUAACUAUGUAAAGCGUGAUUCAGGGCUCAUAUACCGGGACUAUGAAGUUGGGAAAGGUGAUUGCCCAAAGGAUGGUCAGCAGGUCACUUUUCACUAUAUUGGCUAUAAUGAAUCUGGACGUCGUAUUGACAGCACUUAUUUACAGAAUUCUCCAGCCAGAAUCCGCUUGGGUACGAAUGCCUUGGUUCCAGGAUUUGAGGAAGGAAUUCGAGAUAUGAAACCUGGUGGUAAGAGAAGAAUUGUCAUUCCGCCUGAACUUGGACCGCCGGUAGGACCUUCGACAUUUUUCAGCUCAAAACAAUUUGAGGUUUUUGAUGUUGAAUUACUAAGUAUACAAAACUGUGAAAGGAGGACCAUAGCCUUUUACUCUGAUGUUGUAUGCAAUUAGGAUGAAAUGCUUUUUCUGAUGAGGCAAGUCUCCACUCUGGAGGAACCUGACUAUAUCAGAACAAAUCCUCAUUUACCAUUUACAGUGCGCCUUCUAUUUGUUUUGUCUUGUUUUGUUCUUACCAAAUAUUUCUGUUGUAAAUUUUAAACACAUGAAACAAGCUGGAAAUUUAGAGCUUGAUGGGAGAGAGAAACACAGGCCAGAAAUGAUUUGCCAAAAUUAAUUAUGACAUUGAAAAUUUGACAAUAGUAGCUUAUAAUAUAAAUAUGAUUUUGAGUU